UGAGAGGUAGUGACUACACUGCGGUAAAAGUUGUUUCCACGUGGCAGGAACUUCCAAGACCAGUCUCCACUUCCGCAUUCCGCGCGUCCCUUGUAGCCACCGACUCGCUAUGAUUGACUCCAUCCAAAGCGGCUGCUAUGUGGCGCUCAUCUCUCUCAUGCUGGCGUCCAACUUCGUGAUCAUUCCCGUGCCCGUACAGCUCAUCACGUCGGCGUCCGCCAUCGUGUACAUCGGUUCGACGUUGUCACUCAAGCUGAAGCACGCGCGCGAAGCCAGCGGCGAGAAGAAUGAGGAGGUUAUGAAGGCUGAGGACGCAUACAUGUUCCCACUUCUAGGCUCUGGCGUGCUGCUGGGGCUUUACAUCCUCUUCAAGGUCUUCGAUAAGGACCUGGUGAACCUUCUGCUCACCUCGUACUUCGCUCUUAUCGGUGCCUACAGUCUCACGGAGGCCUUCAGUCCUCUGAUCUCGAGACUGCUUUUCAAUGGCAGCCCCAAGGUCUACAAGCACAACAUGAAGAUCCCGUUCUACGGCGUCUACAAGCUCGAGUUGUCCACGUCCUGGAUGCUUACCUUCGUUUUCGCUGCUGCCUUCGCUGCCGCCUGGUUCCAGACCAAGCACUACCUGCUCAACAACAUCUUCGGUAUCUCGUUGUCCAUCAAGGGCAUCGAGUCGCUGUCGCUCGGCAGCUUUAAGGUGGGCGCUAUCCUGCUCUGCGGCUUGUUCUUCUACGACAUUUUCUGGGUCUUCGGUACGGACGUCAUGGUCACGGUGGCCACGUCAUUCGACGCCCCUAUCAAGCUCAUUUUCCCGCGUGAGUUUGCGACUGAGACAGAGAAGCAGAAGAACUCGAUCCUCGGACUAGGCGACAUCGUGAUCCCUGGUAUCUUCGUGGCGUUGCUGCUGCGCUAUGACGCACACCGCGCCAACGUGACCAGCAGCUCGCAGCCUUUCGCCAAGCCAUUCUUCCACGUGAACCUGCUGUUCUACAUCCUUGGCCUUGUGGCUACAGUGUCCGUCAUGUUCAUCUUCAAUGCCGCGCAGCCAGCACUGCUGUACCUGGUGCCUGCCUGUCUGGGCUCGGCUCUAGUCACGGCACUUGUCCGUGGCGAGUUCAAGGAGCUGUUCGAGUACUCCGAGGAGGAUGAGGAGGAAGACAGUGAUAGCCAGGAUGACAAGAAGGACGGAGACAAGAAGAAGGACGACGACAAGAAGUCCAAGUAACUGCGUUAGAGUCGACCCAAUAUUGGUAGAGCUAUCGUAAUGUGAUCGUUUGCAUUUUUGCCAGCGACCCACACGUGCAUGUUACAGCAGUGUUCGCUGCGUGUUUGGUAGAAACAGGUCCACAUAUUGCGUCGCCUGGCAGGAACUGGUUGUUCCCUCUAGCACCUCGUAGACGAACACGUUGAACACGCCAUUCUUCUAAUUCCUGGUCCUCUUUUUGGGCUCCAG